AGAGAAGAAGAAAGAAAGAGAAAGAAAAGAAAGCACAUUAUUCUUCUUCUCUCCGACGCCGAGCUCCAGCAGUAAACUAAAGCUCCCAGAUUGGAGUUUGAUUUUGAUUCCCAAGUGUAUAUACAGCUUCUGUUAGUAAAUUUUGGCUGAUUUCACAAGUUGGUGAACAUUACCAAAAAUGGUGUCUGCGAGCAAGGAGAUGGUGGUUUAUUGCUUUGACACUCUCCUGGCUCACUAUAAUGGUGAAGAAGCUCCUCCCCCAGCCUUUGAGGAUGGCCAACAUCCAUUGUUUGUCACUUGGAAGAAAGUGGUGAAUGGUAGUGAGCCUCGUUUGCGUGGAUGUAUUGGAAUACUAGAAGCUCGUGGCUUGGUUAGUGGAAUCAAGGACUAUACUCUAAACAGUGCUUUGAGGGACCGGAGGUUUUCCCCAAUACAAGCUAAAGAAUUACCAUAUUUGGAAUGUACAGUUUCCAUUCUGACUGAUUAUGAAACUGCUGACAACUACCUUGAUUGGGAGGUUGGGAAACAUGGUAUAAUUAUCGAGUUUUCUGAUCCAGACUAUGGUACAAGGCGUAAUGCAACGUACUUGCCUGAGGUCGCUGCCCAUGAAGGUUGGACUAACAUAGAAGCAAUUGACUCAUUGAUGCGUAAAGCGGGCUAUUCUGGGACCAUCACAGAGUCUCUUCGGAAGCGUAUACGAUUGACCCGCUACCAGAGUUCAUUAUAUACAAUGCACUACAGUGAAUACGUUUCUUACGUGAAGACCACCAGAAGUGCAGUUGCAUCUGGCUCCAAGUCCGGUAAUCAGUGAUUCAUCGGAUUUGUCUAUUGUUCCAGGCCAUAAUCCAAUAAUAAUAGAUGCCUGCCAAUUCCACUAUCAGUUUCAUUUAAUUAUUGAAGAAGAAACUAACAACAAUUUCGAACUCGUGUUUAUGAGAAACCUGGAAGCUGUAUUUGUAAAGUUUGUACCAAAAAUUUCACUGUUGUGUUUGUCUUCUGCCCGGGUACAGGAAAUUAUUAUUUGUACCCGGAACACUACUCGUCUUAUGUUCAAUUUUAAUCUUAUUGGUCAAAGUGUUUUAUCCUUAUUUCUGA